AUGAAUCCAGACUACGACUUUCUAUUCAAGUUACUCCUCAUUGGUGAUUCUGGCGUUGGAAAAAGUUGCUUGUUGUUAAGAUUCGCGGAUGAUACGUACACAUCUUCAUACAUUUCAACUAUCGGCGUUGACUUCAAGAUUAGAACUAUCGAAAUUGAUGGCAAAACUGUUAAACUACAAAUCUGGGAUACGGCUGGUCAGGAAAGAUUCAGAACAAUCACCUCUAGCUAUUAUCGUGGCGCCCAUGGCAUCAUCGUCGUUUAUGAUGUGACCGAUAAUGAAUCCUUCGAUCACGUCUCUCAAUGGUUACAGGAAAUCGAUCGUUAUGCUUGUGAAGGCGUUAACAAGCUACUUGUCGGAAACAAAAACGAUCUUGAUUCAAAGAAGUCGGUUGAUUAUAAUGUCGCCAAGGAAUUUGCUGAGCAGCUCAAUAUACCAUUCUUGGAAACAUCAGCUAAAGAUUCCACCAACGUAGAACAAGCUUUCUUAACCAUGGCAAAGCACAUCAAAGAGAGGAUGGGUGCAAGCUCUGUCGGAGCGGGUACAAGUGCGAAAUCAGGCAUCAAGCUUUCGUCCGGGCAACAACUAGAUCAGCAAUCAUCUUCGGGCUGCUGUUAG